AUGGGAUUAACUGGUAAGUUGAUUGCUCAGUUAGAGUUCAAGGCUGGUGGAGACGUGUUUCAUGAGUUCUUCAGGCAUAAGCCACACCAGUUAGCCGAUGCCUGCGUUGGAAAGGUACAUGCUUGUGACUUGGUUGAAGGAGAAUUCGGAAAUGCAGGCUGCGUCGUGUUUUUCAAAUACUCCCAAGAUGGAAAAGAGCAGAGUGCAAAAAUGGUACUCGACACCAUCGAUGAAGAGAAGAAGUCAUUGGUUGUUAAGGUCCUCGAAGGAGAUGUUAUGCAAUUCUACAAAUCGUUCACUAUAACUGUUCAUGUUGAAACAAAAGAUGGGAUUGACCAUGUUACAUGGACUUUGGAGUACGAGAUGAAAAGUGAAGAUGUUCCGCAUCCAAUUUCGUGGUUGGCUUAUUACAUAGAUAUCACGGUAGAUGUGGAAACCCAUCAUCUUGGGAAAUCUAAAAUGUUUAUUCCAUGA